AUGCAUCACCACUCACCUUUCCCUCACCACAUUCACCCUACUCUCACUUCAUCCUCACCUUCCACCAGCCAACCAACAUCAACCCACCUUCUCCAUAUUGACACACUAAUCCCUCCUCACCAGGUCGAUUACGUCAAACUCGCCUCUAUCCUCGGCAUGGCCAACCACCGCUCCGCCUCUAACGCCUGGUCCAACUUAAAGAAGAAGAUCGCCGAACACAAGCCGGAAAUGUCCCUCCCUCCUCGACCCAAGGCCAAGGGCAAGGCCAACGGCACUGGUGCUACCAAGAAGGCCGCCACUAGCAAGGCUGCCAAGUCUCCCGUUGAGGUCAAGGACGAGUCUGAUGCCGAUGGCGAGUCUUCCACCGACAACAAGUCCGAGGAACCUGAGGAGAAGAAGCCCGCAGCCAAGAAGCCUGCUGCCAAGAAGACUGCUCCCGCCAAGAAGCCUGCUGCUAUCAAGAAGGAAGUAAAGGUCAAGAAGGAGGACACUCCCAGCGAGGAAGAGGAGGUCGAGGAGGAGGAUGUCGUCGUCGUCGUCAAGUCCGAGGCAAACAGCGACGCCGACGCCGACGCCAGCGAGGCCGAGACUGCCCCCGAGGAACAAGAGGCCGAGGGCGAGGCUGAGCCAGUCAUCAUCGCUGCCACCAAGAAACGUGGUCGCUCGGCCAAGGCAACCGAAGCUUCUCCCGCCAAGAAGGCUCGUACUACCGCUGCUGCUGCUGCUGUUACGCCCAAGAAGCCUGCUACCUCGAAGAAGACUGCUGCUCCCCGUGGCAAGACGGCGCAGGCUAAGGCUGCUGCUGCGAAGGCUGCUGAGGAGGCUACCAAGGUUAAGCAGGAGGACGAGGACAGCGGGUUGGACAUGGAAGAUGUCGGUGAUGAGAUCAAGGUCAAGACUGAGGACAAGGAUGAUGAGGACGAGGACGAGGAGAUGGGAUCAAGCGACAAGGAAGCGGAGGCAGGCAACAGUUCGGAGAUUGAGGCUGCUGAGCAAUUGAAGCGGGAGCAGGAUGAUGAUACCGCCGAGGGCGAGAUUUGA